CACUGGAGUACAGUAACGUGAAGAGAAUUGAAGUGACCGAAGACUGAGGAUUUACCUUUUAAUAAUUUCAUUAUUAUUUUUAACACAAAACACACACACACAUGAGUGAAAUCAGUGCCGCGCGUGACUGAGCGCUGUUGCCAUGGCGCUCACGGAGCUGUACACUAAGUAUAACAGAGUAUGGGUGCCGGACGCAGAGCAGGUGUGGAGGUCAGCUGAGAUCCUGAGAGACUACACACCUGGAGAUCCAGCUCUCCACCUGCAGCUAGAGGAUGGAGCCGAGCUCCAGUAUCCAGUGGAGGUGGACGGUCAGUUACCCCCCCUCCGUAACCCAGACAUCUUGGUGGGGGAGAAUGACCUAACGGCUCUGAGCUAUCUUCAUGAACCAGCUGUUCUUCACAAUCUUCGUGUCAGAUUUGUGGACUCGAAAAUAAUCUACACAUACUGUGGCAUUAUCCUAGUGGCCGUAAAUCCAUAUAAACAGCUCCACAUUUAUGGAGACGCAGUCAUCCGUGCUUAUUCCGGCCAGAACAUGGGGGAUCUGGACCCUCAUAUAUUUGCUGUGGCUGAAGAAGCUUAUAAACAGAUGGCAAGAAACAGCAAGAAUCAGUCCAUCAUAGUCAGUGGGGAGUCUGGAGCAGGGAAGACUGUGUCUGCUCGCUAUGCCAUGAGAUAUUUUGCCAUGGUCAGCAAAUCUAGCAACAACACUCGCGUGGAGGACAAGGUUUUAGCAUCAAACCCCAUCACUGAAGCAAUAGGUAACGCAAAGACAACCAGAAAUGACAACAGUAGCCGAUUUGGAAAGUACACUGAAAUCAGCUUUGACCGAAGAUACCAGAUCAUCGGUGCUAACAUGAGGACGUACCUUCUAGAAAAGUCUAGGGUUGUUUUUCAGUCAGAGAAAGAGAGAAACUAUCACAUCUUUUAUCAGAUGUGUGCAUGUGCAGAUCAACCAGAGUUUAAAAGCUUGAGACUGUUAAGUGCAGACCAGUUUAACUACACCUGCAUGGGCGGGGAGACGGAGAUCCAAGGAGUGGAUGAUCGUGCUGACAUGGCUGAAACUUGCCGCACUUUCACUCUACUAGGACUGAAUAGUGACUUUCAGAGCAACGUGUUUAAGAUGUUGGCAGGGAUUUUGCACUUGGGCAAUGUGGUGAUCCAAGCAGUCGGCUCUGACCGGUCAUCUGUUAAUUCUACUGACUUUCACCUGGCUGUUUUCUGUGACUUGCUUGAAGUCAGAGAAGAUAAUAUGCGCCGUUGGUUAUGUCAUCGGCGUAUCGUCCUGGCAUCCGAAACUGUGAUCAAACCGCAACCAAGGGAACGUGCCAUCAAUGCCCGUGAUGCCCUGGCCAAGCAUCUUUACGCUUACCUUUUCGACCGUAUCAUCCUGAGGAUUAACCAGGCCCUGCGUGUACCUGGAAAACAGCACUCUUUUAUUGGAGUGCUGGAUAUCUAUGGAUUUGAAACCUUUGAUGUAAAUAGCUUUGAGCAGUUUUGCAUUAACUACGCCAAUGAAAAACUACAGCAGCAGUUCAAUUUGCACGUCUUUAAACUAGAGCAAGAGGAGUACAUGAAAGAGGACAUCCCCUGGACGCUGAUCGAUUUCUAUGACAACCAACCAGUCAUUGAUCUUAUCGAAGCCAAAAUGGGCAUCCUGGAUUUGCUGGAUGAGGAGUGUCUGUUUCCUCAGGGUACUGAUAACAACUGGCUGCAAAAGCUUUAUAACUAUCUAAGCUCAAAGCCUAUGUUUGAGAAACCUCGUAUGUCCAAUGAGGCAUUUGUGAUCCAUCACUUCGCAGACCGGGUAGAAUAUCAGUGUAAAGGCUUUUUGGAGAAGAAUAGAGAUACCCUAUAUGAAGAGCUGGUGGAUAUAAUGAGAGUCAGCAAGUUUCCUCUCUUGGCAGAUUUCUUUACUGAGGAAGAGCAAAAUCCUGUGCAUGCAGCGAAGGGGGUUAAAGUAAAAGCAGCACGUCCCGGAGUUAAACCGGCCAAUAAGCAACUUAGAACUACUGUGGGAGAUAAGUUUCGCAGUUCACUGUAUCUGUUAAUGGAAACUCUUAACGCUACUACACCGCAUUAUGUCCGCUGCAUUAAGCCUAAUGAGGAGAAGCUGCCAUUUGAAUAUGACUCUAAGCGGGUGGUGCAACAGUUGCGUGCUUGUGGAGUGCUAGAGACUGUUCGAAUUAGUGCUCAGAGUUAUCCAUCUCGAUGGACGUACAUUGAGUUCUACAGCCGUUACAGUAUUCUGAUGAGCCAGGCUGAACUCAGAUUAGGGGAGAAGAAGCAAACAUGUAGAACGGUGUUGCAGAGGCUCAUCCCUGACUCAAAUCAGUACAAGUUCGGAAGAACCAAAAUCUUCUUCCGGGCGGGACAGGUGGCAUACUUGGAGAAGCUGCGUUUGGAUUACCUGCGCACUGCAUGUGUUACCAUCCAGAAGCAUGUGAGGGGUUGGACUCAGAGACGCAGGUAUCUGCGUAUGAGACAAGCUGCCAUCAUCAUCCAGCAGUACAUCCAUGGCAAGAGGCAGAUCAAGCGAAUGGUGACAGCAGCAGCUCUGAAGCAGGCCUGGGCAGCAGUGGUCAUCCAGAGGCACUUUCGUGGCUAUCUUGUACGCCGGCUUUACCAGCUUGUACUGGUGGCUACACUCACUAUUCAGGCAUAUACCAGGGGGUGGAUUGCCCGCAAGCGCUACAAAAAGAUGGUGGAGGAGCAUAAAGCUCUGGUUCUACAGAAGUACGCUCGAGCCUGGCUGGUGCGGCGCCGCUUCCAGACCAUGCGCCGACUUGUCAUAAACGUGCAGCUGUCUUUCAGAGUCCAGCAGCUGCGUAAGAAAUUAGAGGAACAGAAUAAAGAGAAUCGCGGUCUGAUGGAGAGACUGACCAGUCUGGCCAAUGCUCAUGCUCAGGGUUUAGAAAAGGUGCAGUCCCUGGAGAUGGAGCUUAGCAAAGCAGCCAAUGAAAAGCAAUGUGUAGAAGAGAGAGAGAAGAGAAGCAAAGAGGAAAGCAGUCGGGUGAUUGCUCAGCUUCAAGAAGAAAAGGAUAAAGUUAAGCAGGAGAAUCAGGUUCUUCAGGCGAAACUCGAAGAUUCCAUACAGCAAAUGACAAGCAAUUUCGAAGAACUGAAGAAAAAGCUCAUAGAAGACCGUGAGAGAGAAGAGAGGCUGCGAAAAGUCGCAGAACACAGCAGUGAGCUGCAGAAAGAAGACUUGGAUAAAGAGAUUGCAGCCAUAAAAGAGGAAAAUCGCAGGCUGAGGGAAGAAAAGAUCCAGCUACAGGCUCAGACUGAAGAUGACACACAGGUCAACAAAGAGCUCCAGGAGCAGCUUAGUCAGCUCACCAAACACGUCAAGGUGAUACCAGAGUUACAUAAGCAGAUCAACAGCCUCCAGAAUGAAAAAGCUGAAGCAAACAGAAAGAUGAGGGAGCAGUCGGAGCAGACUAGAGCAAAAAUGAAUAUGAUUACUAGACAACUUCUGGGAGAGACAAAAGAAGAUGACACCAUUCUCAGGUUGACAAACGAGGGCAGCGAAGCUGAUGAUGAUGAAGGAGAUCUGCUGUUUUCAUUGAAUGGGAUACAGAACGCCACCAGACUGGUGAAGACUCAUUUACAAGAACAAAAGGAAGGUUAUGAAAGUAAGCUAGAAGCACUGAGUUUUAAAAAUGAUCACCUGAGUAGAGAGAACCAGCAGCUCCAAGCCCUCUUUCAGGAGAAGAGCGAUAUCAACCAAAGCAUUGGACAGGAGGUGGCCCGGCUCACUUCUGAAAACAUGGUGAUUCCUGAACUAAAGCAACAGGUAACAGAGUUACAGCGUCAUAAACAGGAGCUGGAAACACAUCUACAGCAACAACGUACUGAGAUGACAGAAAAUACUACAAGGAUAUCUCAUGAGCUUCAGCGUAAGCUUGAUGAGGAAAGCUCACAAAGAAGGCUUUUGGAAAAUAAGAACAACGAAAAUGCAAGAGAAAAGGAGGAGAUGGAGAAGAGGCUGGAGGAGCUGGAGGAGAAGAUAGAGCAGCUUAAAAGACUCCAACAAUCAGACAACGAAGCCAAGAACAAACUCAGACAGGAAACCUCACGCCUUACAGCUGAGAACAUGGACUUUGAAGAGCAAUUGGAUACAAAAGACAGAACCAUAAAGAGGCUGCAGGACCAAAUCAAAGCUCUUCAGGCACCAGUGAAAGCCAGCGAGAAAGCUGGACCAACUGUCCCAAAAGAAUACCUCGGCAUGCUGGAGUAUAAAAAGGAAGAUGAAGGCAGGCUUGUGCGGACAUUAGUACUUGAGCUGAAGCCAAGGGGCGUAGUGGUCAAUAUGAUCCCUGGGUUGGUGGCUCAUCUCCUGUUAAUGUGCAUCCGGCAUGCUGACUAUCUUAAUGAUGGAGACAAGCUGAAGUCCCUCAUGCAAGCCAUCAUCACUGGAAUCAAACAGGUCACCACGAACCAUCAGGAAAACUUUGAGAUGUUGUCCUUCUGGCUCUCCAACACAUACUAUCUGCUAAACUGCCUCAAGCAGUACAGUGGAGAAGAAGAGUUCAUGAAGCACAACACACCUCGGCAGAAUAAGAACUGCUUGCAGAACUUUGACCUCUCAGAUUACAGACAGGUCUUUAGCGAUCUUGCCAUUCAAAUCCAUCAUCAGUUCAUUAAUGUGAUGGAGGAUUCCCUGUUCCCGAUGAUUGUGCCCGGGAUGUUGGAGCACGAGAGCCUGCAGGGCAUAUCAAGCAUGAAACCCACAGGUUUCCGUAAGCGCUCCAACAGCGUACUGGACGACGGGCUCAGAGAGGGUCAGAGCCAGUGUUAUAGUGUCUCCUCCAUCUUACAGCUGCUGAGUGACUUCCACAGCUGCAUGUCACAGCAGGGCAUGGACGAGCAGCUAAAGGGUCAGGCUUUCCGCCAGCUCUUCUACCUAAUUGGAUCCACCUCACUUAAUAGCAUCCUCCUCCGCAAGGACCUCUGCUCCUGCCGCAAGGGCAUGCAGAUUAGGUGUAAUAUCAGUUAUUUGGAAGAGUGGCUGAGGGAUAAAGGGCUUCAGGGCUACAGUGUUAUGGAGACUCUGGGGCCGCUGUCCCAGGCUGCCUGGCUCCUGCAGGUGAACAAAACGACCGACGACGAUGCAGCUGAGAUCCGGCAGAGAUGCCACGAACUCUCACCAGUUCAGAUUGUGAAGAUCCUCAACUCGUACACUCCCAUCGAUGACUUUGAAAAGCGAGUUGCUCCGUCUUUUGUGCGGAAAGUCCAGACACUGCUACAGGAGCGUGAGGGCUCGACUCAGUUGAUGAUGGAUGCACAGUAUCGCUUCCAGGUUACUUUCCCUUUCUCUCCCUCCACACAAGCACUGGAGCUCCUGCAGUUGCCCAUCAGCCUUCACUUAAAUUUUGUGACCCGUCUGUGAGCCCUGGCAUAGACCUUGGACUGACUUUCAGCCUCAGCCUUCAUCAGCAAUCAACAUGCUUUUUAUAAGAUAAUCACUAUUUUUGAUUCAUGCUUGAAAAUGUUGGUUAUAUAUUCACAUUAAUUUAGGCUCAUAUGCCAUAUAACAUAAAAUGUUAGACAUGAUUUCUUUUGCUAACUUUUGUUUAUAUAUAUAAAAAUACUAUUUUUAUGGAACUUUAACAGCAGCAAAUCGCUCAUGAAUGAACAAAAUGUACACUACAUUGUAAAGGUUUGUGGACAUCUGAAAAUUACACCAUUAUGUGCUUGUUGAACAUCCUAUUCCUGAUUUAGUCGUCCAGUUUUCAGUCUUUUGUGAAGGCUUUUCACAAAAUUUUGAAGCAUGGGUUUGGUAUUUAUGUUAAUACAGUUCAGAUCACUCUGGUCCUCCAAACUUGUCAAACUAUGUCUUCGGAAAGCUUACUUUGUGCACAGUGUCAUUGCCAUCUUGAAACAAGUUGGACCUUUUGGUCCUUCUACUGAAGGAAAAUUGUAAUGCUACAAGGUCAAUAUAGUGUUUUAUCUAUGAUGUAUUAUGUAUUUACUUGAACCAUUUUGAACCACAUAAAAGUUUUAGACAUUUAGAUUUUAUUUAUAAACCAAUUGAAUUUUUUUGGCUAAUAAAAUCAUUUACA